CUUGAAAUUACACCCGCAGUUUGUCAAAUCGCUCCCAAAUAAAAAAAACAACCUCUCUCUCUCUCUCUCUCUCUCCAUUAUUGCAUCAGGUUAUGAACGGUUCGCAAAACAAAUUGGCCCCAACAGUCAGCAGAGGUCCGACGGACGCAGACAGCAGCGGCUCGGAGACGAAGCACAGGGAGAGAAAGACAGGUGGAGGAAUGCUGAAGAAGCUGAAGUCGAGGCGCAGUCAGACGGAGAAGUGGCCCGUGGUCACAGAGGAUGAACUCCGGGCUCUGGGGAGAGAUAUUACCCCGGACAAUGUGCUGGGUCUCCGGGCAGUCACGGAGGACUAUCUGUGCAAACCUGAAGACAAUAUCUACAACAUUGACUUCACACGUUUCAAAAUCAGAGAUCUGGAGACGGGAACAGUGCUGUUUGAGAUUGCCAAACCUCCAAACAGCAGUCCCGUGGAGGGUGAAGAAGAGAGUGGAGAUGCAGACAUCAGCGCAGGGCGUUUUGUGCGAUAUCAGUUUACACCAGCCUUCCUAAAACUGUGCACAGUCGGUGCAACUGUGGAGUUCACAGUGGGCGACCGGCCUAUUAACAGCUUUCGUAUGAUUGAGAGGCAUUACUUCCAGGGACGCCUUCUGAAGAACUUCGACUUUGAUUUUGGAUUUUGCAUUCCCAACAGCCGCAACACAUGUGAACACAUUUAUGAGUUUCCACAGCUUCCAGAUGACCUCAUUCGCCAAAUGGUGGCGCACCCUUACGAGACCAGAUCAGACAGUUUCUACUUUGUUGACAACAAACUCAUCAUGCACAACAAGGCAGACUAUGCCUACAAUGGUGGUCUGUAAUACUUGAGUGGAUGAUGAUUGCAAUACUUCCCAGGGGAUUGAUUUCCUGCAUCACAACCACCCAAAGGCUUCUUUUUUGGGGGACAGUAUUCACUCCUUUUGUGGACAUUCCACCGAACUUGACAACAUUCUUUAUAACCAACAGACCACAUCUGCCUUCAUAUGAAAUCAUGGAUCCAUUCAUCAGUACCUCAUUGAGCUCAGUUUCUGUGACUCCGAGGAAUGUUCAGUCAAAUAUUUCUCUGUUAAUCCUGACUGAAACAUUUUUGUUCCGUCUUUCGGUUUGUCGUUCAAGUAUCAUGUUUCACUUUUGCCUUAAGUUUCUUGCCGUCUCUGCUGGAAAGGGACACUUUGAGUCAAAGACCUCUCAUGGCAAAGCCUUUAGACUGUGUUAGCUAUCACUUAAUUUACUUUAGUAUAGAGAUGUUAUCAGUUGAUGUUUAUUGGAACUACUUUCGCAAGUGACAAUUGUGUUUCCCAUAAGGAAAAGCGAGCAUUAACUAGAUGUUUUACAGUAUUGUUAAUCGUAGAGGAUCAUGUAGCAUUAGUUGACAUUGUUUGAGUUUCAUUCUUGCUUAAAUACCUAUCAGUUGUCAUUCAUUUGGACUGUUCGUGUCAGAUAUUUAAGUUUGGUUUCGGUUUUAUAAGGAACAUUAGGCUGACCAAUCUCAUCUUUAGUAGUUUAUUAUUGAAGAAUGGCAUGAUCCGUUUUCCUGAUGCCAGCUGUUCCCUCUGCUAAUAUCUGUUACAUUUUUAUGACAACAGUUUUUUACAACCUAAUUGGCUGUUGACUGGGAAUCGAGUGUUUGUUCUAUCAAACUCUGAAACACACUGUGAUACAUGAAUAGCAUUAGAUAACAGCAUAAUCUGACUUCCUGGACUUGCUUUAUAUGCCAUGGUUCAAACAGUUUGAUCUUUCCCUUUAUCCACUCCAAUGUGUAAGCACACACAGUUAUUUAACCCCUUGAGGUGAGUCUUCCUGACUUAUUUGGCACAACAGCACUGGGAAUCCCACUCUAGUUUUCCAGCGGUGUGGUGUACCUAUUAAACUGGUUGCUGAAUGCAUCCUCUGCCGCUCUGCACUCAGGUUCUCAAUCUAUCAAUUAAAUACACAGUAGCACACAUGACCGUACAGACUGAUGUAGCUUGGUAGUUGAUCUAUUUUUAAUGAGGCGGUUUGAUAGAUGCAGACAUGUUUCUCUUUUCAUAGAAGCCCUGUUUUAAGGACUAUACUGGUGGUUUUGCAUAUUGUAGCUCAUUAACUAAAUAUUGUGUAAUAUUUCUAUUAUACACAUGGUUCCAUUCUUAUUAGGUACACCUGAACAAUGUAACGUCAUUGUGCACAACAGCCUUGCAAAAAAUCCUACCUUCAUUAAGCUCGCAAUGCGCAUUUUGGUGACACUUAAUCACUUUAUUUAAGAGGCCGAUGUUGCUGUUGAAUUGUAUUCUAUCCACUGAAGGGUGUUCCUGAGAGGUUGGGAUGUCUGAUUCGCCAUUUACAUUUCUCAGAGCUUCACUUUAUACAGACAUGAAUGGAAAUCAGCAGCUGCCUGAAAGGCAUUUAAUUAAUGCAAAACCACUGGAAUAGUCUAACGGUUGUUUUCAAAUGUUACACACAUGAUCCAUUAACUGUACAUUGUAACAUUGAUUCCAUGUGCCUUAUAGCCAGGUGUUCGUUUUUAGGUUGUUGUUUUUUUAUGUAAGAGACCGUUGUGCAUCAUCCACCUGUUUGGCUGAAAUGAAGAGAAAAAAUAUUG